AGACUAAACAUGAGACCUCCUACUAUAUGUGACGUAAUCACAACAAUCCAGUAGUUCCGUGACACUUGGCAUUUUUCUGAGAAUAACCAAGGAAAAUAUUAACAACAUCAGGAGUCAUGAAGUGCUGACAAUGGUCCAGUCCAAUGUAGCUAUGACAUUUUUCAGUUUUUGUUCGUUUCUUGGAUGGUUUUUGUACAUUUUGGUCGUGUUUACUUCGCAAGGACAGAGUUAUGUUUCGUCGUGGUUUUCGAACUCGUUAUUUGUGCGAAAGCGAAUGUCAAUAUGGCACGACCAUAAAUAUUACCAUUUUCCUGAAUCAGAAAGAUUGCGACGAAUUGAGGACGUUAAACGAAUGUUUCAAUUUGGCUACGAUAAUUAUAUGAAAUAUGCAUUUCCUUUAGAUGAAUUAGAUCCUAUACAUUGUACCGGUCGGGGCCCAGAUCGAGAAAAUCCGGGAAAUUUAAAUAUUAAUGAUGUUCUUGGAGACUAUUCAUUGACAUUAAUAGACAGCCUAGAUACUCUUGCAAUAAUUGGGAAUGCUAGUGAAUUCCAGAAAGCUGUGCAGCUUGUUUCAGAUACAGUUUCAUUUGAGAGAAAUUCCACCGUCCAAGUAUUUGAAUCAACAAUAAGAAUAAUUGGAGGAUUAUUAUCAGCCCACCUGCUUAUAUUAGAUCCCAACAAACCAUUAGGGGAUCUAGCGCCUCCAGACUAUGAUGACAACCUACUUCAUCUCGCACAUGAUCUUGCCACAAGACUUCUUCCAGCUUUUGAAAACUCUACAACAGGGCUUCCCCAUCCAAGAGUGAAUUUAUGCACAGGUGUCCCUGAAGGAGGGGUCCAGGAAACAUGCACUGCUGGAGCUGGGUCCUUGCUCCUGGAGUUUGGGCUCCUUAGUACCCUGGUUGAGGAUCCUGUCUUUGAAAGCCUUGCCAGGAAGGCAAUGACUUCAUUGCUUGAGAGAAAGUCAAAUCAAACUGGCUUGCUUGGUAAUGUGAUGAAUAUUCAGACAGGCCAAUGGGUUGGAGUUCAAAGUGGUCUAGGAGCGGGGCAAGAUUCCUUCUAUGAGUACCUAUUGAAGAGUUUCAUCAUGUUUGGGGAUCAACAGUACCUUCAUGCAUUCAAUGAACUAUACAGCAACGUCAAGAAGUACAUGAGAAAAGGACGUAAACUCUGCAGAUCUGGUGUUGGCGAUAGUCCCUUAUACGUGAAUGUGAACAUGAACACAGGAAACCUUAUGAACAAUUGGGUCGAUUCAUUACAGGCAGCGUUUCCUGGAAUCCAGGUACUGGCUGGCGAUUUGGAUGAAGCUAUAUGUACACAUGCUUACUACUAUGCCAUCUGGCGCAAGUUUAGUGCCCUCCCGGAGAGGUUUGAUUGGUCCCGUAAGAAUGCUAAUGUACUCUUUUACCCUCUGCGUCCAGAGCUUGUAGAAUCUACUUAUCUUCUAUAUCAGGCAACUGGCCAUCCGUUCUACCUCUUUGUUGGGAGCGAUAUAAUGGAUAGCAUUGAGACAUACACAAAGGCCAAAUGUGGAUAUGCAACUCUUCAUAAUGUUAUCACCAAGACAAAAGAAGACAGAAUGGAGAGUUUCUUCCUUAGUGAAACAUGCAAGUACCUUUACCUGUUGUUUGAUAGAGAUAACUACAUCAACCGAGCAGCUUCUAGGUAUAUAUUCAACACUGAAGGUCAUGUGCUUCCUAUCAAGAGCCAGUAUAGAUCUAAGGAUUGGUGGCAAUAUAACACUGAUAGCUGUUUAUUCAACAAGUCAUGUGAUAAAGGAAAGGAUCAAAAUAAUACAGAGUGCAUCGGUGUAUCAAAGCAUUCACUGCCCCUUGACAUCUCGUAUCUGGAUCAGAUUGAUCACAUGGUCGGAAUAUAGCUGAAUCUCAUUGCCAGUAAGAUUGCCACUUCAAGAACAUUUAAUAGUAAUGUGUUACAUCACUGAGUGGCCAACUCUUAAUCCAUGCACAAAGUCAAUAGAGAAGCAGAUGUGUCCUCAGAUAAUUAUGAAAUAGCAGCAUCAGAUGAUUAUUUUUUUACAGUAUUUACUUUUACAUAAUUUAUUACUUGAUGAUGAUGCCUUUCAUUUUGUCAAUUGUUUAUUUUAAGGAUUUUGAUCAUUUAAUAUUGAUUAGUUAGAAUUGAGUUCUAUGGGGUGAGAGAGGGGGAUAGACUUGAGCAAAAUAAUCUAUAAGACCAUACACUCUGUUAGACAUGAUACAAGAAGCUAUACAACAAAACUCAGCAAAAUUUUUGUGUACAAAUCCAUGGUACAGAGCUAAACAAAAUUAGUCCUUCACUAGAAUUUGUCAUGACUUAAUAAUGCCAAUAUUUUCCUUUGUCAUAACUGUACAACUUUGGAUAAUUUGUUGAAGCUGUGUGGAGCCAAAAAAUACCAUAUCUUUAUGGAAAUGUUGCUGAGCUUUGUUGUGCCAUACAUGUAUCUGAACAAGGCUUUAUUAUGAGGCACUUUGUCAAUAGCCAGAGUCUGGUCUUUUGAGCAGGAAUCCAGCAAGCAGCUAUUCAUUCCUCAUUUUUUUCAUCAUAGACAAGAUAAUGGGAAAGCUGCUGUGAAUUCCUGAGAUAAAAUUGCCUUUGAAUGAAGAAUCCUUUACUCUCAGUGCAACAGGGUACUCUACUUAAUAAUUUGCUGCUUGAUUACAGGAUUUCUCUGUAUUCAUUUUAAAUGUGAUUACAUGUGAGUUGUUAUUUUAUCAUUGAUAUUGUAACGUUAUAUAUAAAUAAGUGAUGCUAUGAAGUAUAUUGGUGAGAGGUAGAAAGUUUAUAUAUAAAUCAUGUGCCUUACAAUUUUAUUAAGUAAAUAUUGCAUUUAUAGCUGAUGAUUCAGAAACAAUUGUGCAAGGUCAUGUGUAUUCUAAAAGUAGAGUUAGUAGUAAACCCAGAUAUUGGACAUAUCAUUUCCCUCUAGUGGAUGUUUCACUUUUAGUUGUAACUUAAAUUAAUGACUAGAUGCCAACAUGCAUCCCCUGAUCAUAAUCAUGGGGCAAAGUGUAACAUUCCAUACAGUGGCAUAAUGAACACAAAAUUCUGAGGGAACCAGAUAUGGCGGAUAAAGCAAGUUUUAUAAAUAUGUGAAUCAGGCAAAAUAUAUAACUUUGGUUUUGACAUUGUAUUCAUAAAAUAGUAUAUUUCAAUACUGUUUCCCUUUUUCUUACAAGGUCAUGAAACUAACUUUUUUUUUUUGGGGGGGGGAAUGUUUGUUUGGGGGGCUUGCCCCCCAUCCAUCUGGAUAUAAGAUUCAACCAAAACCUGCAAAAUGGUCGAGUUGAAUGUUUUUGACUCUUUGAAAAUUUGUUCUCUAGCUGGUUUGUUUUUUAGACAUUGAAAGAUGGUGCUAAUUCUUAUAACUUUGGACAUGUUUAAAUUAUUAGGAACUUAAUUUGUGAUGUACGUUUAGUGACAAAAUGGUGUUUCGUUAAGUGAUUCAUUGAAAUUACAUGUAUGUGAAACUUACACAAGGCGAAUAUGCGUCCCCUAUUGAAAGAACAAGUGGAACCAAGGAUUACAAAAUCAUCAAAUUGACAAUUUUGGUACAAUUCCUUAUACAUGAUUGAAUUACAGAGAUACAGAUAUAGUAGUUUUAAAGAUAGGAUGUUUAAUACUAAAAUGGCAAAGCUUAAAUCACUUCCAUUGAUAUUGCUUGGUAUUAUUCCAUGAUAGUAUUGUAUUAAUGUGGAUAUUUAAUUUCACAAAUUCAUACUGAGCUUGUUGAUGUGAAAGGAAAGAGUAAGCUUGAACUUUCUGAUGUACUCUAAUCCCUUGUCUGAUCAGAGCAUUCACGUGCCUCUGCAAGGAGCAUCAUUGU